AUGUCAGAAUUUCAUUCAGUUGCUAGUACUGCUGAUUUAUCAAAAUAUAUGUAUGGUGUUCCGAAGGAGGAGGAAUCUAUUUUAAAAUAUUUACUUGAUGUUAGAGCUCAAUUAGCAAAAUUAAAGACUAAUCGUUCUCAAUUUCUAAAUUCAAAAGAAGUUCAAAAUUUGCAUCAAGAAGUUUUAACAAAAGUUAGAGAGUUAGAUGAUAUUAGAAAGAGACAAGCAGGUGAGGAUGCUGUCUAUAGUAAGACCAUGAUUCAUAAUGAGGCAUUGCAUAAUAAGGUUGAUUCUUUGUUAGACGAUGUGUUUCAAUUGUUGUCAUUGUGCUUUCUUACAGUCGGUUUGAAAAAUUCAGCACCUGCCACUUAUUCUUCUUUAUCUACUGUUCAGAAGUUAUUGGAGCAUUUAGACGAAUCGAAUAUUUUCACUAACCAUGACUUGAGACCUAUUAAAGAUAGGUUAGAUGAAAUUUCAACCAUUGUUGAAAACAAUUCUUAUAGGAAUUACGAUUUCGACCUCACUAAUCCAGCAGAUGAGACUGAAGAGAAACGUAACAAAAAUAAAAUUGAAGAAGAUUUAUUGUUACGUGCAAAGCUAAAGCACUGUCUCGAUGAGUAUAAUAAGAUACAUUCAAAGCUGGAGGAAAUAAGUCCAGAAUUAUCAAGUAUAAUGGAAAAAUUAUAUCAUAUUAGAAGAUCUCUUCUUUCCCUAGCAUCUCCUUCACGUAAAAUUGAUACUAGAGAAGAUUUCUCUCAAUUCAACAGUAGUAAAGAAUCACAGGAAGCCUUGAGCUCUUUAGAACAAGAAUUAGAAGAAUUGGAGUCUCAUCGUGAUGAAAAUGGUAACUUUAAAUCAUUGGAAACAGGAGAGGUUGUAUUAAAAGGUCAAAAUGUUUUGGCUGGUUUAGUUGAUAACUGCCAUGACUUAAUUAAUGAUUUCAAUAAUUCUGGUAAUGGGAGCGAUUUGGUUGAUCCAGAAUUAGAACCAAUAUAUGAUGAAUUGAUAAAUAUUAAAACAAAUUUAGCUAAUUUAAUGAUCACAAGAAGAUGGACUUUGAGAGACACUGAUUUAUUUCAAUACCAAAAGAAAUUACAAGCAAUUGAUAAUAAAAGAGUGAAUGGUAAAUUCCCAACAAAAUCCGGUGAUACUAAAGGUCAAGCAAUAUUGUUAUAUUUGUUACGUAGAUGUUAUGCUAUCAUUUACAAAUUGCUAGAAAGUUCAGUUCCUGUCUCUGAAUCAUUACAAUCUAUCCAUAAUCAAUUAUCUACAGCUCGUCGUUGUUUGUUAUCUUUAAAGAGAAUGGGUGGUGUGAAUAGUGAAAGAGAAUUAUAUCCUUAUCAAUUAAAACUAGCAUCCUUGGACGAAUUGAGAAUAGAUGGGAAAUUUUUUGACGCUAAUGGUGAAAUUCCAGAGGGUCAAGGUACAUUGAAUGCUUUACUAGCAGAAUGUUUUGAUAUUAUGCACGAAUUAGAAAUCGAAGCUGAAGAACGUGCUGAUAAUGAAGAGGAAGAAGAAUCGGAGAAUCCACAGCCAAUUGCAAGAACAUUUGGAGAUAAUGGGGAUUAUGAAGUGGAUUACGAUAAUUUUGAAGAAGAAGAAUAA